UACAGCACAACACAGACCUACCGACGCAAGAUGUUCAAAUUGGUGGUGUUGUCCGCUCUCCUUGCUUUAGCCGCAGCCCGUCCAGGACUGCUGGCCCCCACGGUCUACAGCGCCGCCGUCGUGGGCUCCGUACCGACCUCCAUCAGCCAUCAGAGCAGCUCUAUCGUGCACAGUGCCGCCCUAGUAGCCCCAGUUGUCCACGCCGCACCAGUUGUCCACGCCGCCCCCGUUCUUGCCGCCGCCCCUGUCGUCGCCGCUUACGCCGCCCCCGCCCUGGUCGGACAUGGAUUUUUAGCUCAUCAUUAGACAAGACUGAACAAGCUGUGAGAACGUAGGAGCAAAGCAGUGAGAGCAUUAGACAAAUUAUGUUGUCUGGUCUGUUGUAUCUGGAUUCAAAAUUUUUGUU